AUGGACUUCCUCUUCUCGAUGUCGAUCUUCAGCUCCGCCGCCGACAUCUCCCGCGAGACGGGGAAGGCGCAGGAGUGGAUGAGCAAGGCGUGGUCCGCCGCGAAGGACCGCAAGGCCGCACCGGCGGAGAAGGCGAAGCCCCCGCAGGUUCGCAAAUCGCAGGAGAGCGCCCGUUUCGCCGUGGAGCUCGACGGGAUCAACUGCUUCGAGACCAUCGUCUCCCACUGA